AUGGGUGCAUCAAGUAGCACCGAAAAUCUGGGACAUCAGCUGUCUUCGGAUCUCUUGCUGGAAGCUAUCAGGUCAGCUGAGCCCUUGGGUGGCCGUUAUGUGACCACCAAGUUGGAGCAUGGACGACAAGUCGUGGUGAAGGUCUUCAAAGACGUCCAAAGUCAUGACGUCGCGGCCUUCCAACGACGGGCUGCAGCACUCUGUGGACUGGACAUGCACUUGCACCUGCUCCUGCCGAUGGGAUGGGCUGUCGCUGAGUCCAGCUGCUUCGUUGUGUACGAUCAGCUGGACCAGAUAGAUGCCGAGAAGAGGUUGCAGCUGUCGCGCCGGGGCGGCAAGGCUUUCUUGUGGGCGGACCGUCUACGUUUGGCUGCUGCGGUGGCCAGUGCUGCAAGCCAUUUGCGGAGCUGUUUGCUGGGGAGCCCUCAUCUGAACUUGAAGUUGUCCAGUGUGGUUUUCGACAGGACAGGGCAGGUGAAACUGGCCGACCUGGGCUUUGAAGGCGCAAGCUUCGAAGGCAAAGGGGACCUGCAGCCUGGGGACUCAGAUGGUCACAGGUGCGCCGAUGGCAGCGUGCCGGCCUACUACCUGCGGGAGGGGCCAUCGGAUGUGUUUUUGAUCUGGCUGCAGGGCGGGGGCGAUUGCAGCACUAAAGAAUCCUGCGAUGAGAGAUAUCGCAAGCAGUUCCGCAUGAGCAGCGCCCAAUUGGAGGAUGUCAUCCAUUUGGAUGGGAUUUUCUCAGAUUCCGAGAGGCAGAAUCCCUUCUUCGCCCGUUCCACACGGGUCUUCGUGCCAUAUUGUACUUCGGACUCCUGGUUAGGAAGGCGCACUGAAAAGGUGCAUGGCUACUACUUUCAGGGCGCGCAGAUCCUGACGGCCGUGCUACAUGAGCUGCGUCCCUUGCUGCGCCAGGCGCGGCUGGUGGUGCUGGGCGGCUGCUCCGCCGGCGGCCGCGGGGCCUUUUACAACUUGGACCGUUUGUGCGCGAUGCUGCCAGAGACUUCAACCCACUGUCGUGGCCUGCUGGAUGCCGCCUGGUGGCUGCCAGAUGCCGGACCCUUGGAGGAGGGUGCCCGGCGAGGUGUGACGCUGUGGCAGGCGGAGCUGACGCCCUGCGAGUUAGGCAACGAGUCGCACCUCUGUUUGUUCGGGCCCACCUGGGCACCGCACGUGCGAACGCCCUACUUGGUCCAUGAAGAGCAGUUUGAUCACUUCCUGCUGGGGAACAGGGGCGUGCACCGCCCCGUCUUCAGCUGGUCCCACGACCAAUGGCGCCGCGCCGAGACGCUACGCCAGGCGAUGCGCGAAAGUUGGGAGGACACGCGGCUGCCAGGCACUUCCUUGGCCUUCUCCGGUGCUUGCACAGACCAUUGUUUCGCCGAAAGCGCUGCCUAUUGGAACGUCAAGGUGAAUGGCGUCAGCAUGGAGCAGCUGGCGCGGCAGUGGCUCUCCGAAGGCGGCGUUGCGUCGAUGACGUCGGUGAUCGAGACCUGUGAGAUGCCCAACUGUUCUGCUGGAUGUCCCUUUGAACCUUUGCUCCACGAAGUCAUUCUGCUGGCUCUGGCCGCGCUGCUUUUACUCUGCUGCCUCUGUGGAGCCCUAUGUCUUUGCCGGCGGCGGAAAGCGCGGUCGUCGAGACCGGUGGAAACUGCGGGGCAGUGGGCGGUCAUUGGAGCUGUAGAUGUGGAUGAUGAUGCGAAGGAAUCCUAG